CACACGCGCGCGCACACGAGCGCGAGGCGAAAGUCCGGAUGGGUGGAAGUGAUCACACCUGAGCCGCUGCUCUCCGGCCGGGCUGCCUUCAUUUCGGUGCGCUGAGUCCGCUGGAGCGCUGCGGGGAUACGGAUAUCAGAGCUCGGCUGAUUAAAGCCGGUGUUCCCGCUGCUGGGAGAACCGCCGCGCUGUGAGAGAGGAGGAGAAGGAGACCCGAGUGAGCAGCGAGUGACCGGAGCAGCAGCUCAGCAGCGCAGUGACACAUUAACCUCAUCCUGGCUUAAAAAAAGGAUACAAAGACAUCGUUACAUCAUUGUCCCUGUCCGGCAACCAAGCGAGGAAGGAACAAGGCAGCGGCUGUUGCAUGGUGACCAAAGACAAGAGGCUGCUUUGUGAAUGCUUCCUAUUCAGAUACAUGUCCUGCCACCCAACAGACCCUGACACCAAAGAAUAAUGCUUUGCUACAGACCUGACUCAGAACACAGGCUACCUUGAUGCUUGGCUUGUACCUGUCAGGAAGGGCGGAGCUUUGUUUUGGUUUCUUGAAGACUUGAAGACUGCGAGGGAUACCAAGAGGAUUUUUCACAAAGUAGACAAAGACUUGCAGGUGCAUUUAUUGACCACCUCCCUUCUGACUUGACCCUGGUACUCCAUCAGCCUCAGCGGUGGCUGGGUUGGGGGCAGCAGCAUGCCGGAGCUGGAGGACUUCCCCCAACCUCGGGGCCAUCAGCAGCAGCAUGCUGACCCGGCCCGAAUCCAGCAGAACCUCCUGGAGGAGCAGGUGGAGCUGUGGUGGUUCAGCGAGCCCCGCAAAUCCCUGCUGUGCUACUGUGCCUCGGUAGCCCUGAUCCUGGGCUGCGGCCUGGGCGGAGUGGGCCUCCUGUCCACCACCACCAGCCUGUCCAGCGAGUGGCGGCUGGGGGCAGGGACGGCUCUGUGCCUGCUGGCCCUGGGGGUUCUCCUCAAGCAGCUGCUGAGCUCUGCCGUGCAGGACAUGAACUGUGUGAGGAGUCGGCGGCGCAUCGACGUGCUGAAGAGCGGCGGCCUGUCCGACGUCCUGGUCGUUCUCGUCACAGGAGUGUCCCUGCUGAUUUGUGGAGCUGUGCUUCUGGACAUUGCGCUGGCCUAUCACAUGCCUAAACCUGGCCAGGCCCUGAAUGACAUGUAUAUAUCUGGAGUGGUGCUGCUAGCGGGUGGAGGGUUUACAGUGUUAGCCGUUGGGAUUUACUCGACUGUGGUUUUCCUCUUAGAGAGGACGAGGCCGGAGCGGAGCCUGAGGGACAGAAUGGUGGAUAUCUUCACUGUUUCAGGACAAAUGCGCACCAGGAGAGAAACUGCAUCAAGCCUGGCUCAGCUUAUAUGACUGUAUGACUGCCUUCUGUGACUGACUUCUAGCAUCCUUAUAUGAAAGACAAUGCAGCUCAACCAAAAAAUGCAGAUGCUAGAGAAAUGGACUGUAAACGGAUCUAUACGUUAAAUCUUCAUUUUCUUCGGAGACUUACAGAACAAGAACCCGACGAUCGAUUAUGAAACAGCCACUAAUGAACCUUUUUCACAGUGGACAAAUAUUGAUUGAAGAAUGUAUGACACUACAACCAUCGGUACAAAUCAUCGCACAUGACACACUAUACGUAUUGUCAUAUUUACAUCUCACUGUCAGUUACAAUGUAGGCCUGGAUUGGUCUUGCUGUGGUGGUGAGACUGAGGAUGCACAAUGAUAUACUGAAUUAAAUGAGUAUAAGCACAUAUUUUAUUUAAAAAAAAAAAACGUAAUAUUUAGAUUUGACUGAUACUUCAAACUGAUAUUUGAUGAUAGAUUUAUUGUAAUCUAGAGGUAAAUAUUAAUGUGGAGGCACAGCUGGGUACCUGAGCUAAAAUAUUUGCAUACUACUUUAAUACUUUACAAAUAAAUAUUUAAUUUCCCUGUAAUUUCUAAGUUUUAUAAAUGUUUGUUUAUGUAUCGACAUCCAUAACUGUAGAUAUGUGUGGCUACGGCUAUGUUCAGACUGUAGGCAAAUCAGAUUUGUUUCUCAAAUCAGAUUUACUAAGAACUAAUGACGAGUCAAUAUAUCACAAAUCACAGUACAGCAAUACUGUAAGCAAGGUGAAAUACUGUGGAUACAGAAAAGUAUCUAGUGGGUGGAGUUUAAACACAAUUCAAAAUGAACCAACAUGUAAAGACAUUCAAUCUUUACAUGUUAACUAAUUAAUAAUUAAAAAAAUAUAUAUAUAUAUAUACUGUAUUUUUAAAAUAAAACAUAUAUUGCAAUAUAAUUAAAAAUCAAUAUUUUCUUACAAACCUGUAAUGUCAGCACAGUUAUUUUUAAGUGAUAAGAUCAGACCAGAUCUGAUUGACGUGUCUAAACAUCACAAAUUGAAUUGAUGUGGUAAUAGAGGUUGGUUUUAGUAACUAACCUUUGAUGAAUAAAUUUCAAACAAAUCUGCAAAUGUUGUUUGGUUUUUAUUUGCAGAAAUCUGAUUUCAUGUGGUUUCUGGCUUUUCAGACAAAAAUCAAUCUGGACACAAUCUGAAACAUAGCACAAAAACAAAGGAAAUUUGUGUUUGGUAGAUUGUUUUUUUUUUUUGUAUCAGUGCUUCUUGCCAAUAAAUUAUGCAUUUGUGGGAUGAGACAAAUGCCAAACAGCUUAUUAUACCACAGUUAGUUCUGACCCUGCAUUAGCUGUUAAUGCACUGUAAUCGAAGCUCUCCAUUACCUCUUUUCCACCAAAAAAAAGUGCUGGUGCCGGUGCCGGAGCCCGUUUUUCCACUGCUUUAAGGAGUCACUAACUAUUUAUGUGAAUGUGGGCGUAAACAGAAGUCUGGGAACGAUUUAAAAACAACACGGCGGAACCUGAGCUCCUUUUAAAACUUGUGCUGCUAUCCUCGGUGGACCACUGUUGAUUCAUUUUCAUUCAUUUAGCUGCUUCUGCUACUCUUAGCUGUGAAUGGAGGUGACCUUUGCAAACAACUUUGCCCCAGAGACGCUUCAGUGCCCCGCCCUUUGGCCGCUCACGUCACAGGUUUGCUGGUUCCAGACCAGCAAGAUUGUGGGUCCAGAACAAAAACGUUUUUUCUGGCCCAGAACCUGUGAUUUUGCGGUGGAAACACAAAGAACCGUUUGGGAACCUGGCACCGGCACCAUGCCAGUGGAAAAGUGCCUCAUGUCUCAUGUUACUUCACCACAAACAGGUAUCCUAGCAACGAUGCAGCACUUACAAACCAACUACAAACCAAAUGCGAUGUCAUUAAACACAUCACUGGGAGCCGCUGGAUCCCAUAGGUACAGUGAAGAAAUGGCAUGUCUCCAAUAGGCAGUGCAGGCAAAGACGUGGCCCCACAAAUGAAUAAGCCCAGCGAUUCGAAAAUACGCAUUAUUACACACAUUAUCUCACCAUCAAUACUUUAAUUCUUUAAAAAAAACAUUUUUGUUUAAAGUCUUUCCUGAAAAUCGUUUAUUUACAGUAAGCUUAGAUUUCCACAAUUUUGACUGAAAUGGGCGAAAACAAUGUAGCAUGUUUGGUGUUUCCGAUCUUCUUGGGACACCCAGCUCACGGCCUGUUCUUGUCAUCACCGUUAUAUUAAACUUUGCCUACAAUUUGGAGAUGCUGGUACUAAGGUUCACUCCAAAUAAUGACACAACCUGCGUAUCACACGGGUUUUAUCUAGAUCAGUCAAACGUGGCAUGAGGCCAACCCUUGGAGCAGACAUCUACUGACCACUGUAGCAGGACCCAUGCAUCUGAUUGGCAGCACCUGGGGGUACCAGAAGCUCAAAACAAGUUUCAAUAGCAACAGCAAAAUAAGCGUUUGGCAAUGGCAAAUAAGAUCUGGCGAAUUUUGUCAUGGGCACAACCCUUUUACUCAGCUCUGCUGCUCAAAUGCAUAUUUCUCUUAAAAGAGAAAUGAACAGGAUUUCCAACUGUAUAAAAUAUAUUGCCUUAUUUCUUUUUCUUAUGUUUAGAUAGAUGGCAGAUUUUAGCUGCCAGUCUGAACAAAGCCAAAACGUACAAAAUAUCCCCAAAAAAAAACUAAUCAACACAGAAUUCCCAUAUCAAGAGUGCAUCCCUGGUUGAAACACAUUUUACACUAUUUUAAGCCUUUCUGUAAUAAAUUGACAGAUUUCACUCCACAAUAUACCAGUCAUAGGGCACAAGAUGGGGUCUGAAUAAUUCAUUCUAUUUAGGUGAAAAUAUGCUGCUAUCUGACACCACAGCCAUUGCCCUCCUCCAUUAUCAACAGGUUUCACUUCACCAAACAUCCUCCAGCAUCACGGGACUUUGUGUGUGUCCUUCACACUGUUACCUUCGUGGGCAGAGGGGACUGUGCCAAGUGGGUUCCAUCUGGACCUCGCUUGUCAGAGCUGUUUAGUGUGUGUGACAGAAAGUAUUAGCUGUGUCACUUUGCAUGUCUGUGAUUUUAUACUGCGACUUUUUUUCUCUCUGCCUUAGUGCAGAGAAAACAUCGCUGAUCAAAUAAAAACAACUCUACAUCAA